GUGCUGACAGAAAGAAUGUUCAAACAUCUUCGGAAAUGGUUCGUCACUCACUUCUUUGGGCAUUCUCGACAAAGAGCGAGGCUGGUCUCCAAAGAUGGAAGGUGCAACAUCGAGUUUGGCAACGUCGAGGCACAGUCGAGGUUCAUAUUCUUUGUGGACAUCUGGACGACUGUGCUUGACCUCAAAUGGAGAUACAAAAUGACCAUCUUCAUUACAGCCUUCUUGGGGAGUUGGUUCCUCUUUGGUCUUCUGUGGUAUGCGGUAGCCUACAUUCACAAAGAUCUCCCUGAGUUCCAUCCUUCUGUCAACCACACCCCCUGUGUGGAGAACAUUAAUGGCUUGACCUCAGCUUUUCUGUUUUCUCUGGAAACACAAGUGACCAUUGGAUAUGGAUUCAGGUGUGUGACAGAACAAUGUGGCACUGCCAUUUUUCUCCUUAUCUUCCAGUCUAUACUUGGAGUCAUCAUCAAUUCUUUCAUGUGUGGUGCCAUUUUAGCCAAGAUCUCCAGACCCAAAAAACGUGCCAAGACCAUUACAUUCAGCAAGAAUGCGGUGAUCAGUAAGCGGGGUGGGAAGCUCUGCCUCCUAAUCCGAGUGGCUAAUCUUAGGAAGAGCCUCCUUAUUGGGAGUCACAUAUAUGGAAAGCUUCUGAAGACCACUGUCACUCCUGAAGGAGAGACCAUUAUUCUGGACCAGAUCAACAUCAAUUUUGUAGUUGACGCAGGGAACGAAAAUUUAUUCUUCAUCUCCCCACUGACAAUUUACCAUGUCAUUGAUCCAAACAGCCCCUUCUUCCACAUGGCAGCAGAAACCCUUCCCCAGCAAGACUUUGAAUUAGUGGUGUUUUUAGAUGGCACAGUGGAAUCAACUAGUGCUACCUGCCAAGUCCGGACAUCCUACGUCCCAGAAGAGGUGCUCUGGGGCUACCGCUUUGCUCCCAUAGUAUCCAAGACAAAGGAAGGGAAAUACCGAGUGGAUUUCCAUAACUUUAGCAAGACAGUGGAAGUGGAGACCCCUCACUGUGCCAUGUGCCUUUAUAAUGAGAAAGAUACUAGAGCCAGGAUGAAGAGAGGCUAUGACAAUCCCAACUUCGUCUUAUCAGAAGUCAAUGAAACAGAUGACACCAAAAUGUGACAGUGGCUUUUCAACAGGAGUAAUGGAAAGUCUUGAAGAUACCCGGUGACUAGAAGUAUGAUGAAGUGAUCGAAAAUUUGAGGGUAUGAAAUUAAGACAAGAGCCUUCAACGUCUACCAGCACCAUGCCCCUGAACUCCAUAGCCAUGAUCUUGC